CCCCCAUUUUCUCCUUUCACUCGGAAACUCUCUCUCUCUCUUCUCUCUCUCUCUCUCUCUCUCCAAUACCCACACGCACACACACGGACACAAGAUAAAGACAGAUUUCAUUAGCACUAUAAAACAUAUACCAGAUUAGAGCUUUACUUAUUCACCCAAAAGCACAAAAAAAAGAAGAAGAAAAAGAAGAAGAUAAGAGCUUUACUUUGGCAUUAAAAAAAAAGGGGACAGAAAAAAAGACCAGAAGAGCAAUGGAAGAAAUGCCGCCGGGAUACCGUUUCUACCCAACUGAAGAAGAACUGGUUUCAUUCUAUCUCCACAAGAAGCUUGAAGGAAAGGGAAAUGACUUCAACCGUGUGAUCCCUGUGCUCGACAUUUUCGAGCAAGAGCCAUGCCACCUUCCAAAGCUUUCGGGAGAACUGUGCCAUAGAGACAUGGAGCAAUGGUUUUUCUUCGUACCAAGACAAGAGAGGGAAGCCCGCGGAGGCAGGCCGAGCCGAACUACGGCUUCUGGUUACUGGAAGGCUACCGGAUCUCCGAAUUAUGUUUAUUCCUCGGAUAACAGAGUGAUUGGGAUGAAGAAGACAAUGGUGUUCUACAAAGGAAGAGCUCCUAGUGGAAGAAAAACCAAAUGGAAGAUGAAUGAGUAUAAAGCGAUACAUCAAGAAACUUCCUCCCCAUUCGGUUGUGCUGUCCCAAAGCUGAGGCAUGAAUUGAGCGUGUGCCGAGUUUACGUUGUACAAGGAAGCUCUCGAGCAUUCGACCGACGCCCACUCGGGGCAGAGACGAGGAGAUCUGAAACACAGCAGAUAGUUCACGGACAUGAGGCUAUGGCACCAUCCCAAGCCGCUGAAGCAGGGGAGAAAACAAGCUCGUCACCAGAAAGUUCCUACUCAGGGGAAGACCAUUUUGAACUCCCACAGACCGAUUUGGGUAAUAUGAAUGGGCAAGAACUACCUCUGUGGGAGUGGGAAGAACUCAAUUGGCCUUAAUUAAUUUUGUAGUACUUCGUAUCAAAGCCCAAUGGGUUGGCGCAGUAGACAAAACGCUCUUUUACUGGCCAACGGGCAUGAUAUAAGAUUCAAGUCGUAUCGCUGUAAACUGUAGCUUUCCUUUUUCUUAAUUAUUUUCAUCUUUCUAAGAUGUAACAAAUAAUGUGUGUCGUUGAUUUACUAUAUAAGAUUGAUUUAAUGA